CGGACAGAAACCGCCGUGUUGAAGGUUUCGAUUAUCAUAUGUGAAAAGGUGCCUGUGAAAACAACAUGGAGUCGUCUGCAUUAUGGUUUUGUUUUUUUCUUGUUGCAUUCAGAAUUGUGAUAGGAGAUCAUGUCCAUGAAAUGAUGAUUGCUAAAAGGCCAUCUAAGUUUUCAUGGAAUAAUUGCAAUACGACUACACCACUACCUUUGAACUUUACUUCGUUCUCAUUGAUUCCUGACCAGGUUCAAUUGGGAUCCAAAGUCCAAAUAUCAUUCACAGCACAAGUGAGCAAAGACAUUGGAACACCCGGCACUGUCCAGGUUGAUGUGGACGCUUUACUACAUACACAAGGUACCACCCUAGAUGUUUGUAAAUUUACAAAGUAUUGUCAUAUCAAGGAUGUUUGCAGCAUCGUUAGGACUACCAAAUAUAAAUGUCCUUUGAAGAAGGUUGGUAAGGUGCACGGUGAUUUCCAGUGGGAAAACUGCAAUAAGACAGCCGUUCCUUAUUUUUUUAGCUCAUUUUCAGUUCAGCCGGAUCCUGUUAAACCUGGAAGCAAUGUGUAUGUAGACUUCGAUUCAGAGUUGACACAGGAUAUUGGAACGACAAAUACACUUCGGGCAGAUCUUGAACUUACACUGACAACUCAAGGAACACCAAUAGAUCUUUGCAGCUAUAAACCGUUUUCUGCAUACUGUCACAUAGAAAACUUAUGCAAAGUGCUCGAACAACAUAGAGAGAAAUGUAAAAACCUGAUCAAAAUACUACACAUGGACUGUAAAUGCCCCUUUAAAAAGAACAAAUACAAUGUGCCCAAGUUGCCAUAUAAUCUCCCCGAAGUACCAAUAGAUGGAAUUUUCCAUGUAAAAGCGAGUCUGACAGAAUCUAAUAACACUAUUGGGUGUCUGGAUGUAAAGAUCUGCAUUGGGUAAUUGAAUUUAGUCUCAAGAUGGUGUAGACUAUAUAACUGAAAUUGUGUUUGCUAAAUUUAGCAGGUGUUUGCUUUUCAUUAUCUUUAAAAAGUAAACAGUAUUCCCGAUGUAGACGGAAAACUGUCACAGAUUCAUAUUAUUUAUCUACAAACUAUGUCCGUGAAUGUUCAGAAUCUUACACCAUUUCAGUCAUACAUAAUAUUGAAAAUAAUAGUUUGAAAUGGAACAUGAUUUCCUGUUAAAUGCAGUAAAACAAUUACCCCUGGUACACGUAUUGUUAAAAUACAUAAUUAUGACGAUGGUGUAUUAGAUAGGUUAUUCUUUUGAUACUGAGACAAUUUAUAAAUAUGAAUGGGACAUGGGGUAACCGAUAUUUCAACAUAUGCUACUUUUAGCGUUUAAUUUAAAGAACAUUUCAAUAUCCGACAGUUCUGAAAAUUAAUUAUAAUACACAUCGUACUUCUAGAUUUAUUAGAUUAUUUAUUAUUGUAUACGAAUCAUAUAUUCCAGGUCGUGCUGAGUUUCGUGUCACACCACUUCACUCUUGUACUGCUAAACGAUGAAUUCCUUCGUAUUCUUGCCAACCAGGCGUCUGUUAUAUAGAUCAGUCUCCCUUGAAGUCAUACGUUUCACAUGAUAAAACAUUUCAACGUUGGAUGAACAUUGUACCGCAUUCAGAUACGAAGUAUCCGUUCAGAUACGAAGUGUCCGAAUUUUUGCAACAUAAACAGUCAUUAUGCAGUGCACAAUAUAUUUUAGAUAUUGAAGUGUAUUUAAAUGAAAUUAAUAUUGCAUUGACAUUGAUGAUAAAACAUAUGAUUGA